AUGGAUCCUCAUCAAAGGCCUAGUCUCGAGCUUACGUACGAAGGCUUACAAAACGCGGGCAUUCGGCCUGACAGGCUCGCUGGAAACCCAAAUGAUUAUUCCCGUAUGCUCAUGGAAGAUCUACAGGCCAUAGAGGCAUGGAGUGGGAUUGGUACGGCACACCAUGGCAUCUCCAAUAGGAUUUCGUACCAUCCUGACUUAAGAGGUCCAAGCAGAGCAGUAGAUGCAGCCUGUGCGAGUUCGCUUGUCGCUCUCCAUCUCGCCCGCGGGGCUAUUGUCUCGGGAGAGAGCACUUUGGCAAUCUGUAGCGGCGUUAACGUCAUUUGUACUCCUGAGAUCACGUGUAUGCUACAGAAAGCUGGCGCGCUAAAGGCGGAUAGUGUGUGUCGAUCCUUUAACGCCGCCGCCAGUGGAUACGCGCGUGGUGAGGAGUGGGGCAUCAUCAUCCUCAAACGGCUAAGCGCUGCACAGGAAGACAAUGAUCACAUCCUGGCUAUGCUGAAGAGCUCUGCUUCUGCCUAA